AUGCCAUCCUCAUCAUCUUCAACACUAUCAUCUGCACCUUCUUCAUCAUAUUCACCAUCUUCAACACCAAACUUAACAAGAUCAACAUCUUCAGUCCUAUCAUCUCCACCAUCCAUAGCACCAUUUUCAUUAGGCCCACCAUCAUCAUCAUCAACCCAACAAGCACAGCCCUUACUAUCAGCAACUUUUACAUCAUCUUCCUCCAUCAUCUUCAUCAGUCUCCUUAACAUCACAAUCAUCAUCAACCCUGGGAGGACAGUCCUCAGUAGCAGCAACCUCUACAUCAUCUUCCUCAUUCUUACCAUCAUCAGCAAUCCUGCUGCUUUCAUCAUCAUUCACACCAUCUUCAUCACCAACAUUAACAUUGUUAUCAUCAACAUCUUCAAUACCAUCAACAGCACCCUCUUCAUCAGUCGCACUAUUGUCAUCAUCUUCUUCGAGACUAUCAUCUGCACCAUAUUCAUCAUCUUUACCAUCUUCAUCACCAUCAUUAACAUCACCAUUAACAACAUCUUCAAUGCUAUCAUCUCAAGCAUCUUCACCAUUCCCACUAACAUCAUCAUUCACCCCACCAGCACAGCCCCCACCAUCAGCAACCUCCACGUCAUCUUCCUCAUCCUUAACAUCAUCAUUAAAGUCACAGCAUUCACAGCCAUCCACACCACAAACAUCAUUAUCGUCAUCAUCAUCAACAAUGUCUUCAAUACUAUCUUCCACGCCAUUCUCAUCAACUUCACCAUCCCUAUCAAUCCCACUGUUGUCUUUAUUAUCAUCAUCAUCAUAUUCAACACUAUCAUCUGCACCAUAUUCAUCAUCCAUAGCACCAUCUUCAUUUUUCCCACUAUCUUCAUCAUCAUCAUCAUCAUCAUCAUCAACACAACAAGCACAGCCCUUACUAUCAGCAACCACUACAUCAUCUUCCUCAUUCUUACCAUCAAAAUCAAACUCACAGCCUACAUCACCAUCCCCACUAUCUUCAGCACCAACAUUACCAUCAACAUCUACAAUAAUAACACCUACACUAUUCUCAGCAUCAUCUUCAUCAGUCUCCUUAACAUCACAAUCAUCAUCAACCCUGGGAGGACAGUCCUCAGUAGCAGCAACCUCUACAUCAUCUUCCUCAUUCUUACCAUCAUCAGCAAUCUUGCUGCCUUCAUCAUCAUUCACACCAUCUUCAUCACCACCAUUAACAUCGUUAUCAACAUCUUCAAUACCAUCAACAGCACCCUCUUCAUCAGUCGCACUAUUGUCAUCAUCUUCUUCAACACUAUCAUCUGCACCAUAUGCAUCAUCUUUACCAUCUUCAUCACCAUCAUUACCAUCAUCAUCAUCAUCAUUAACAACAUCUUCAAUGCUAUCAUCUCCAGCCUCUUCACCAUUCCCACUAACAUCAUCAUCAACCCCACCAGCACAGCCCCCACCAUCAGCAACCUCCACAUCAUCUUCCUCAUCCUUAACAUCAUCAUUAAACUCACAGCAUUCACAGCCAUUCACACCACAAAAAUCAUCAUCAUCAACAUCACCGCCCUUACUAUCAGCAACCUCUACAUCAUCUUCCUCAUUCUUACCAUCAUCAGCAAUCUUGCUGCCUUCAUCAUCAUUCACACCAUCUUCAUCACCAACAUUAACAUCGUUAUCAACAACAUCUUCAAUACCAUCAACAGCACCCUCUUCAUCAGUCGCACUAUUGUCAUCAUCUUCAACACUAUCAUCUGCACCAUAUUCAUCAUCUUUACCAUCUUCAUCACCAUCAUUAACAUCAUCAUCAUCUUCAUUAACAACAUCUUCAAUGCUAUCAUCUCCAGCCUCUUCACUAUUCCCACUAACAUCAUCACCAACCCCACCAGCACAGCCCCCACCAUCAGCAACCUCCACAUCAUCUUCCUCAUCCUUAACAUCAUCAUUAAACUCACAGCAUUCACAGCCAUCCACACCACAAACAUCAUCAUCAUCAUCAUCAUCUUCAACAACAACAUCUUCAAAACUAUAUUCUACGCCAUUCUCAUCAUCUUCACCAUCGCCAUCAGUCCCACUGUUGUCUUCAUUAUCAUCAUCAUCAUCAUCAUAUUCAACACUAUCAUCUGCACCAUAUUCAUCAUCCAUAGCACCAUUUUCAUUUUUCCCACUAUCUUCAUCAUCAUCAACACAACAAGCACUGCCCUUACUUUCAGCAACCUCUACAUCAUCUUCCUCAUUCUUACCAUCAAAAUCAAACUCACAGCCUACAUCACCAUCCCCACUAUCUUCAGCACCAACAUUACCAUCAACAUCUACAAUAAUAACACCUACACUAUUCUCAGCAUCAUCUUCAUCAGUCUCCUUAACAUCACAAUCAUCAUCAACCCUAGGAGGACAGUCCUCAGUAGCAGCAACCUCUACAUCAUCUUCCUCAUUCUUACCAUCAUCAGCAAUCUUGCUGUCUUCAUCAUCAUUCACACCAUCUUCAUCACCAACAUUAACAACGUUAUCAUCAACAUCUUCAAUACCAUCAACAGCACCCUCUUCAUCAGUCGCACUAUUGUCACCAUCAUCUUCUUCAACACUAUCAUCUGCACCAUAUUCCUCAUCUUUACCAUCUUCACCACCAUCAUUAACAUCAUCAUCAUCAUCAUUAACAACAUCUUCAAUGCUAUCAUCUCCAGCCUCUUCACCAUUCCCACUAACAUCAUCACCAACCCCACCAGCACAGCCCCCACCAUCAGCAACCUCCACAUCAUCUUCCUCAUCCUUAACAUCGUUAUUAUACUCACAGCAUUCACAGCCAUCCACACCACAAACAUCAUUAUCAUCAUCAUCAUCAUCAACAACAUCUUCAAAACUAUCUUCUACGCCAUUCUCAUCAUCUUCACCAUCGCCAUCAGUCCCACUGUUGUCUUCAUUAUCACCAUCAUCAUCAUAUUCAACACUAUCAUCUGCACCAUAUUCAUCAUCCAUAGCACCAUCUUCAUUUUUCCCACUAUCUUCAUCAUCAUCAACACAACAAGCACUGCCCUUACUUUCAGCAACCUCUACAUCAUCUUCCUCAUUCUUACCAUCAAAAUCAAACUCACAGCCUACAUCACCAUCCCCACUAUCUUCAGCACCAACAUUACCAUCAACAUCUACAAUAAUAACACCUACACUAUUCUCAGCAUCAUCUUCAUCAGUCUCCUUAACAUCACAAUCAUCAUCAACCCUAGGAGGACAGUCCUCAGUAGCAGCAACCUCUACAUCAUCUUCCUCAUUCUCACCAUCAUCAGCAAUCUUGCUGCCUUCAUCAUCAUUCACACAAUCUUCAUCACCACCAUUAACAUCGUUAUCAACAUCUUCUAUACCAUCAACAGCACCCUCUUCAUCAGUCGCACUAUUGUCACCAUCAUCUUCUUCAACACUAUCAUCUGCACCAUAUUCCUCAUCUUUACCAUCUUCAUCACCAUCAUUACCAUCAUCAUCAUCAUCAUCAUCAUUAACAACAUCUUCAAUGCUAUCAUCUCCAGCCUCUUCACCAUUCCCACUAACAUCAUCAUCAACCCCACCAGCACAGCCCCCACCGUCAGCAACCUCCCAUCAUCUUCCUCAUCCUUAACAUCAUCAUUAAACUCACAGCAUUCACAGCCAUCCACACCACAAACAUCAUUAUCAUCAUCAUCAUCAUCAUCAACAACAACGUCUUCAAUACUAUCGUCCACGCCAUUCUCAUCAACUUCAGCACCAUCUUCAUCGGUCCCACUAUUGUCUUCAUCAUCAUCAUCAUCAUCAUCAUUUUCAACACUAUCAUCUGCACCAUCUUCAUCAUCCAUAGCACCAUCUUCAUUAGUACUACUAUCUUCAUCAUCAUCAUCAUCAACAACACAUCAAGCACAGCCCUUACAAUCAGCAACCUCUACAUCAUCUUCCUCAUUCUUACCAUCAUCAGCAAUCUUGCUGCCUUCAUCAUCAUUCACACCAUAUUCAUCACCACCAUUAACAUCGUUAUCAACAUCUUCAAUACCAUCAACAGCACCCUCUUCAUCAGUCGCACUAUUGUCAUCAUCUUCAACACUAUCAUCUGCACCAUAUUCAUCAUCUUUACCAUCUUCAUCACCAUCAUUACCAUCAUCAUCAUCUUCAUUAACAACAUCUUCAAUGCUAUCAUCUCCAGCCUCUUCACCAUUCCCACUAACAUCAUCACCAACCCCACCAUCACAGCCCCCACCAUCAGCAACCUCCCCAUCAUCUUCCUCAUCCUUAACAUCAUCAUUAAACUCACAGAAUUCACAGCCAUUCACACCACAAACAUCAUCAUCAUCAUCAUCAACAUCACCGCCCUUACUAUCAGCAACCUCUACAUCAUCUUCCUCAUUCUUACCAUCAUCAGCAAUCUUGCUGCCUUCAUCAUCAUUCACACCAUCUUCAUCACCAACAUUAACACCGUUAUCAUCAACAUCUUCAAUACCAUCAACAGCACCCUCUUCAUCGGUCGCACUAUUGUCAUCAUCUUCAACACUAUCAUCUGCACCAUAUUCAUCAUCUUUACCAUCUUCAUCACCAUCAUUAACAUCAUCAUCAUCUUCAUUAACAACAUCUUCAAUGCUAUCAUCUCCAGCCUCUUCACUAUUCCCACUAACAUCAUCACCAACCCCACCAGCACAGCCCCCACCAUCAGCAACCUCCACAUCAUCUUCCUCAUCCUUAACAUCAUCAUUAAACUCACAGCAUUCACAGCCAUCCACACCACAAACAUCAUCAUCAUCAUCAUCAUCAUCUUCAACAACAACAUCUUCAAAACUAUAUUCUACGCCAUUCUCAUCAUCUUCACCAUUGCCAUCAGUCCCACUGUUGUCUUCAUUAUCAUCAUCAUCAUCAUCAUCAUCAUCAUCAUCAUAUUCAACACCAUCAUCUGCACCAUAUUCAUCAUCCAUAGCACCAUCUUCAUUUUUCCCACUAUCUUCAUCAUCAUCAUCAUCAUCAUCAUCAACACAACAAGCACUGCCCUUACUAUCAGCAACCACUACAUCAUCUUCCUCAUUCUUACCAUCAAAAUCAAACUCACAGCCUACAUCACCAUCCCCACUAUCUUCAGCACCAACAUUACCAUCAACAUCUACAAUAAUAACACCUACACUAUUCUUAGCAUCAUCUUCAUCAGUCUCCUUAACAUCACAAUCAUCAUCAACCCUGGGAGGACAGUCCUCAGUAGCAGCAACCUCUACAUCAUCUUCCUCAUUCUUACCAUCAUCAGCAAUCUUGCUGUCUUCAUCAUCAUUCACACCAUCUUCAUCACCAACAUUAACAUCGUUAUCAUCAACAUCUUCAAUACCAUCAACAGCACCCUCUUCAUCAGUCGCACUAUUGUCAUCAUCAUCUUCUUCAACACUAUCAUCUGCACCAUAUUCAUCAUCUUUACCAUCUUCACCACCAUCAUUAACAUCAUCAUCAUCAUCAUUAACAACAUCUUCAAUGCUAUCAUCUCCAGCCUCUUCACCAUUCCCACUAACAUCAUCACCAACCCCACCAGCACAGCCCCCACCAUCAGCAACCUCCACAUCAUCUUCCUCAUCCUUAACAUCGUUAUUAUACUCACAGCAUUCACAGCCAUCCACACCACAAACAUCAUUAUCAUCAUCAUCAUCAACAACAUCUUCAAAACUAUCUUCUACGCCAUUCUCAUCAUCUUCACCAUCGCCAUCAGUCCCACUGUUGUCUUCAUUAUCACCAUCAUCAUCAUAUUCAACACUAUCAUCUGCACCAUAUUCAUCAUCCAUAGCACCAUCUUCAUUUUUCCCACUAUCUUCAUCUUCAUCAUCAUCAUCAUCAUCAUCAACACAUCAAGCACAGCCCUUACUAUCAGCAACCACUACAUCAUCUUCCUCAUUCUUACCAUCAAAAUCAAAAUCACAG